CUGGAGCACAAUGACAUCCCAGGUCUCAAAAACAGUCCUGCGCCUGCAGGCUGAGGACGUCCAGGCACUGAAAGAGGGAAUUAACUUCAAGAAAAACCCAGAGAAUGGCAAAUGUUACAUCAUUUACAAAGUCAAAGACAAACUACGAGCGUGUAGAAACCAGUGCAAACACCAGGGUGGACUUUUCAUUAAAGAUAUAGAGGACAUGUCCAGGAGCACAGUGCGCUGUAAUAAACACUACUGGAAACUUAACGUGGCCACCAUGGAGUAUGUCAACCCUCCAGACAGCUUCAUGCAAGAUGAACUCGAGGCAGUGCUGUCAGACACUGACGGUAGUUUAGAGCUGGUUGAGUUGAAUCCUCCAGACCCCUGGACCGCAGAGCCGAGAGAAGCACAAGAGCUACACGCGGGAGAGAUCACGCUGACAUACAUCACGCACGCGUGUAUGGAGCUUAAAGCGGGGAACAAGACGAUGAUGUUUGACCCGUGGCUCACUGGACCAGCGUUUGCCAGAGGCUGGUGGCUCGCUCAUGAACCUCCAUCUGAUGCCAUGGACAGACUCAGUCAGGCAGAUCUCAUUUACAUCAGCCACAUGCAUUCAGAUCACCUGAGCUACCCAACUUUGCGACGUCUUUCCAAAAAGCGUCCAGAUAUUCCCAUUUAUGUCGGAAACACUUCACGGCCGGUGUUCUGGUAUCUGGAGAAAAGUGGAGUGAAUUUAACAAACAUCAACGUGGUGCCGUUCGGGGUAUGGCAGAAUGUCGAUGAUCACCUGAGAUUUAUGAUUCUGAUGGACGGAGUUCAUCCUGAGAUGGACACCUGCUUGAUCGUGGAGUAUAAAGGUCACAUGAUCCUGAAUACGGUGGACUGCACCAGACCAAACAAUGGACGUCUUCCCCACGGUGUUGACGUGAUGAUGAGCGACUUCGCUGGCGGCGCCUCCGGUUUCCCCAUGACCUUCCACGGCGGCAAGUACACUGAAAGCUGGAAGGCGGUUUUCAUCAAGAAUGAGAGGAAGAAACUGCUAAACUAUAAGACUCAGCUGGUGAAAUCCCUGCAGCCCAAGAUCUACUGCCCGUUUGCUGGAUACUUCACUGAAGCGCAUCCUUCUGACAGGUACAUAAAGGAGACGAAUAUCAAGAACAGCCCAGAAGACCUGAACGAAUCCGUCAGGAAGAGCUGUCCAAACACCUUAACCUGGACACCUUUACCCGGUUCUGUCCUGGAUCUGGCCCUCGCGUUAAAUGACACAUCUAAAAGGAGUGCCAUCACUGAACCGCCCAGCGGUACAAAGAUCUAUAAGGACAGUUGGGACUUUGACUUGUAUGUGGAUGAACUGAAUGCUUCCAUUUCAGCUGAAAUCUUUAAACACAAAAGCUGGAUCCAGUACUAUUAUAACUGGGCAGGAUUUAAAGGCUACAAUCUGGUCAUUCGGGUCAUAGAGACGGAUGAUGAUUUCAAGCCUCUGGAUGGAGGUUACAACUAUCUGGUGGACUUUCAGGACCUUUCUUUCCCAGACACGCGCCCGGAGAGAGAUCACGCGUACGAGGAGAUUAAGAACAGAGUGGGCGUGAUGAGACACGUGGUUUUGAACGGGCUGCUAUGGGACGAUCUGUACAUCGGCUUCAAUAACAGAAUGAGUCGAGAUCCUGAUGUUUACCACCACAAGUUCUGGAAUCACUUUCAGACGGAGCUGCCACUAUCAGGGCCAGACUGGCAUCAUUUCCUUCAGACCGCCAGUGAAACAAUGGCGACCAUGGACUGUAAAAAAAGACUCUCUUCGCAGUACUUUGGGAUACAUCUGGUCUGA